CUAUUUCGUAUGAUCCUUUCCCCUGCACAGUACGUGGUAUGGGAUAAUGAGUUUAGGUUGGCAGCCCUAGCACUCGGUAACGCGCAGAAUACUGCUGAGCAAAUAUAUGGGACAGGAGCUUUUGCCACCAUGGAGCAACAAUCUAUAUUGCCCAUGGAAUCUUUUCACCGCACGGCAAUGUGCAUUCAGAGAGCCUUUCGGCGCGUUCCAGCCUCUGGCAAGCCCCUUCGAUCAUUCACAAAUGUUAAACAACAAGCUACUGAACCUUAUCAUCAUUUCGUUGAUCGCCUCAAGGAGGCUGUUCAACGCCAAAUUGACAAUCCGGACGCUCAGACGGAACUCCUUUUACGCUUAGCGUAUGAGCAGUCCAAUGCUGACUGUCGGAAAAUUCUCCAAACUAUCAUUCACCGCCCUAAUUACACACUCGCUGACAUGUUGCAGGCAUGUGCCGAAGUGGGCACUCAGACCCACGCUAUGGCACUGUUGGCGGGAGCAAUCCAUCAAGGUAACAAACCUACAGCGCCGGCCGGACCCAGCCAAGCGAGUCGUGCCGGCGGAUUUGUUUCUACUCGCGUUAAUCUGGAGCAAGGUCUCCUUUUUCAUCCACAGAUUGCUGCAGUAUUACAACACAUCCGAACCCACAAACCGACCCUUUUUAUCUAGAGCCCAGCGCCAUUAUAGACAGACCGAGCCCCUUCCGGCGCCGAAGGUGAUAUAUCGCAAGCUGCCAGGACCAGAGUGGAGCCUGCCUGUGCCACUAAUCACCUGGGGCCGGGGCUACGCAGCAGUGUCAACUGAAACCGGCCCUGUAUGGGUUCCCGCUCGCUUUGUGAAGCCGUGGAGAGAUGGCCUGGCAUCAGGGGCUAAAGAAUCCCAUUCCGGACUUCAGUCUAACCCUGACGGAUAGGGUGGACAAGACUGACAAGGCCCGAAAGUGUGGCACACCUAACACUGCCAUAACUUGGGGGCAGGUCAAAGUUUUAUCACGGCAGGCUGAACAUGUAUUAGAGCGGCUAUAGAUUAUUUACUUAUGCUGCAUCAUUAUGGAUGUGAAAAGGUUAAUGAUAUGUGUUGCUUUAAUAUUUCUGAUCAUCAUCAUUCAGUUGAAAAUCAACUCAAGAUAAUUAAAAAUUUAACAGAUCAAAUCAGAUACAAUCCAG